AGUCCAUUAUCCACCCGCUUUGCCUCGAUUGCUGCCCACUGCGCCCCUCGGCGUCAGCCCCGUCGCUGCCCUUCACUCAUCCUUCAUCCUCCCUCUGACACGCCAUGUCCGAGGUUGAGCAGGUCGUUCAGCGCAAGCCCUCUGGGUCGUCCUACUCCAAGGAGAAGGAAAAGCACCCUGCCGACGUCGAGGAGAACAACGGCUCUCCCGAAGACGAAGAGGAGUCCAAGACCGGCAAGAUGGACGCCCUCCGCAAGAAGAUGCGCGUCAUCGUCCUCGUCGCGCUCGCCGCUCUCGUCCUAGGCUGGUGGAUAUCCGCAACCAUUUUGAAGGCAACUAGGGGCAGAUGGCUCGUCCAGACCAUCUUCGCUUGGUUCUUCCUCUUGGUCAUCCUCUUCCGCUUCAUCCCCGCCUCGGUCAUCUCGCGGCCCGUCUCCGCUGUAUGGAUGCCGCUCGUCCAGGAGCCAUGGUACAAGCUCCCGCGCCCCCUGCGCCUCACCAUCGGCUGGCUCUGCCUGCUCGGCAUCAUCUUUGGCUCCGCGUUCGGCUUUCCCCUGCCCGCUGGCACGGCCUAUGGAGACCGUGUUAUCUCUAUCCUCGGCAUCUUCGUGUUCCAGUGCUGCUUCUAUGCGAGCUCGACGAACAGGGCUGCGGUGCCGUGGCCUACGGUCAUCGUGGGGUUGUUCAUGCAGCAGGUCAUCGCGCUGUUCGUUAUGAAGACCGGCGCCGGCUUGAAGCUAUUUACGUACAUCGCCGACCUCGCGUUCGACUUUUUGACGCAGGCGUAUGUCGGCGCUGCGUUUUUCUUUGAUAGCGAGGUUAUUGCGCAGAAUUUCUUCUUCGUUAACACGCUGUCCGCGAUUAUCUUCUUCGUCGCGACCGUCCAGAUGCUGUACUAUCUCGGAGUCAUGCAAUGGAUCAUUAAGAACUUCGCCUGGUUCUUCUUCAAAACAAUGAACGUCUCGGGCGCCGAAGCCGUCGUCGCCUCCGCCUCGCCCUGGAUCGGCCAGGGCGAGUCCGCGUGCCUCGUGAAGCCGUUCGUCGAGCUCAUGACGCCCUCGGAGAUACACCUCGUCAUGACGUCGGGCUUCUCGACGAUCUCGGGCUCCGUCCUGAGCGCGUACAUCUCCAUGGGCGUUCCCGCGCAGAACCUCGUCACGUCCUCGGUGAUGAGCAUCCCGGCGUCGAUCGCGAUCAGCAAGCUGCGCAUGCCCGAGGUCGACGAGCCCGUCACGCGCGGGCAGGUCAUCGUCGACCGCGGCUCGGAGAACGACAAGGAUAGGCCGUCGAAUGCGCUGCAUGCGUUCUCGCGGGGCGCGUGGUUCGGGCUGCAUAUCGCGGGGCAGAUGAUUGCGAAUGUGCUGACGAUCUUGUCGCUCGUCGCUGUCGUCAACGGCGUGCUGACGUGGGUCGGCCGGGGAUUCGGCAUUCAUGCGCUCACGCUGCAGCUCGUCCUCGGGUACAUCUUCUACCCGGUCACUUUCUUCCUCGGUGUCCCCCGCAACGAGAUCCUCACCGUGUCGCAGCUGCUCGCCACACGGCUGAUUGAAAACGAGUUUGUCGCAUUCAAGGCCCUCGAGGCGAUCAAAGCAAGCGCCACCCCGCUCUCCUACCGCGGGUACACGAUCGCGUCGUACUCGCUGUGCGGGUUCGCGAACCUCGGCUCGCUCGGCAUCCAGAUCGGCGUGCUGACCGCGCUCGCGCCCUCGCAGGGCAAGACGAUCACGCGCAACGCUACGUCUGCGCUGAUAUGUGGGUUUUUGUCGACGUUGCAGACUGCUGCUAUUGCGGGGCUGCUUGCUUGAUACCUCGGAUCUUGGGGAUUGGAGUGUCGGGAUUGGGAGUGUAUAGGAUAGGAUACCGUUGGCUGUUGCCUUAUUCAUAAUGUAAUGGGUUUUAU